AUGGUGCACAACCACAGGUGGAGAGCCUUCUCCGCCCUCGACGACUGGGUCGGGAAGGAGGCGAGGCCCAUCAGCCUCCGCCAGCUCAUGGUCUUUGGCCGCUCCCUGAACGAGCAGAGGCUGAUCAGCUCGGCCAACUAUGUGAGGACAGAGCUCCCGAGGAGGAUUGCACAUCGCAUCCGAGACAUGCAGACCCUGCCGUACUGCGUCGUGGCCAACCCUCACUUCAACGACGUAUACGAGCUGUACUACGAUGCCUUCGACAAGUUUAGGAGGGUGCCCGAGAUCCGCUCGCUCGAUGAGAAUGACUCCUUUUGCCGGGCCAUCAGCACCACCCUCAAGGCCCACCUUUCGGUAAUCCCCAAGCUGGCGAUGGGCAUCCUCGAGGUGAGCGCCGACGACAUGCUGCCGGCCGAGGAGCUGGAUCGCUUCAUGAACGCCAUCCUGCGCUCCAGGAUCUCCCGUCGCGUCAUAGCCGAGCAGCAUCUGUCCCUCACCGAGACCUUCCACUCGCCCUCCUUCUCGCCCGGCGUCAAGGUCCCGGAAAGUGACUUCGUCGGCAAGGUGUUCCUCAAGUGCAAUGCCGCCGACGUGAUCCAGCGCUGUGGAAAGGCCGUCCUCGACCUGGCCAGGUCUGCCUAUGGCGAGGACGUCGCCCUGCCCGAGAUCAGGCUCGCUGGCCACCAGGACGCCAACUUUCCCUUCAUCCUGAGCCACAUAGAGUACAUAAUCGGCGAACUCCUCCGAAACUCGGUCCAGUCCGUCAUCGAGCGGCAGAUCCAGGACGGCCGCGCGGGGCGGCCGCCCCCGCCCAUCGAGGUGACCAUCUGUGAGUCGUCAAAACACGUCGAGAUACGCGUGUCCGACCAGGGAGGCGGCAUCCCGCGCGACGUCCUGCCCCACCUGUGGUCCUUCUGCAAGGGCCCCAAGAGCCAGCAGAUCCUCGCCAACCUGACUCGCGUCCCCAGGAUGGCCGCGACCCUGCAGGAGGUGCGUGUCGAUGAGCCUCCGGCGAGCGAGGUCAAGGCGAGCGCUGCGACGGCGAGCUACGUGAGCUCCCUGUCGUCCCUGACAAGCAGGCCGCCCAACCUGCGCCUCGGUAUGGGGCUACCUUUGAGCCGCAUUUACGCCGAGUACUGGGCCGGGGGUCUGGAAUUACAGAGUUUGUGGGGUUAUGGCGUAGACGUAUUCCUCCAGGUGUCGAAACUGGGAAACAAGAACGAGCAAUUGCUCACGAGGGCCAUGAUGGACGCUGUCUAG